AUGAGGGGUUUGGUAUCAGAAAGAGACACUCUGGCACAGGAAAGGAAUACUUUAAAAUUAGAAAAAGGUUCAUUGGUAACAAAACUUCUAGAGCUGGAAUCCAAGAUUAUGUUUUUGCAACAAGACCAAGAAAAGCUUUGGACAGUAAAUGAAGAACUUAAUUUGGAAAAUAAAAAAAUCCUAAAGGAAAAGGAAGAAGCUGAUGCUAGAAGCCAGCAGAAUAGCACAGAAAAGAUGGCACUAGUUUCUGAGAAAAACAAAUUGCUCUCUGAGAUAGAGGCAGCACAGAAACGUCUUGUGAAGAUAACUCGAGAAAAUGAUGUUCUCCGGUCUGCGGAGUCAGCCUUGCUCCAACAGUUGAAAGAACUUCAGGCCAGCAAAGAUGCAGUGGAUAUGGCGUGUCAGAAGCACAUCAGGGAACAGAGAGAACUGGAGGAUUAUCAGAAGAAACUUUUAGCAGAGAAUGAUGCAAUUGUUAAAGACAAAGAUGGUGUCAUUCAGAAGCUGAAAAGCUCUUAUGAGGACCUUGCCAGAGAUCAGAGAGAGCUGCUGCAAGAAGUGUCAGCUCUGACUGCAGAGAGAGAUUCAGCCCUAGGCAAGUGUUUGGAUCUGGAAAGUGCACAUACAGCCUUAAAAAAUGAAAUGGACCAAGUGCUGCAAACAAGCCAGAGUCUGCGUUCCGAGAAGGAAGAGCUCCUUAAAAGCAUAGAAGAGCUGCAGGUGAGCUUAGCCACUGGUGCCAGUGAAAACCAGGCUUUAAAUGUGAGAACAGAAGAGCUGCAAACAGAGCUAGAGGCAGAGCAUAAAGAACUUAAAAAGGUACUAAAAGACAAUGUGGAGCUGAAGACUUCCCUGGAUAGCCUCUCUCAGCUUCUUGAGGAAAUUAAGGCCUCAAGGGAGAUAUCUGACUCUGAACGUAUUCAGUUACUUCAAGAAAAGGAGGCGCUUUCUUCCUCCGAACGAAGGCUUUUGGCUGAAAGGGAAGAACUUUUAAAUGAAAAUAAGGCAAUUACUGAAAAACUUGGUGAGGCCACUGCAGAGGCUGCACUUGCUGAGAGAGUCCUUACUGAGAAACUCAAUGAACUGAGCGUAGAAAAGGAAUCUGUUUUUUGUAAGUCAUUGCAGUUUGAGAAACAGAAUGAAGCUCUUCUUCAAGAAAAGAAUGAAUUGGAGAGCAAGUACUCCAUGCUUCUUGCUGAAUGUGAGUCUUCUGCAAAUGCAAUCUCUGAUAUGAAGAGGAAGCAUGAGCUGGACGUCUCGGCCAGGAGAGUUCUGGUCCAAGAGAAUACCACACUGCAAGAGUCCAUUGAAGCCCUCAAGGAAGAACUGGAAAAGAAGACUCUAGAAAAUCAAGAGCUAAUAACCUGUAAAUGUGACCUUUCUGACCUCCUGAAAGAGGCUCAGGAUGCCAAAAUGUCCCUCGAAAAUGAACUGUCUGCCAUAUCUCAUGCUAAGCAGGUCCUGUCAUCGUCGUUCAAGACCUGUUCCUCUGAUAGGGAAAUGCUGACUAGGGAGAGGGCUGAACUGCAAGAUAAAUGUCAGAAAUUAAGUGGGGAAGUUGAGAUUAUGAAAGAAAACCUAGUCAUAGAGAAGGAAGCUAGAAAGUUGGACAAGGAAUCCUUUUCUUUGGAACAAAAGGAAAUUCUCAAUGCAGAGACGAAGCAACUUGCUUCCAAUAUUGAACAGCUGAAGACUGACUUUGUGUGUUUGUCUAAAUCAAAAGCAGAGCUCCAGGACUUGCACAGCUCUGUCUCCAGGAUCCUGGAGGAACUUCGAGUCAGCCAUGAGGUAACGGAGAAGGAGAGGAUAAAGUUGCUCCAGGAAAAUGAGAGUCUGCUUGCUGAACAGAAGUCUCUGGUCAUCAUUAAGGAAGAAAUACUAAAAGAGAAGGAGAAAUUCUCUGAGGAUUAUUAUAAAUUGCACGAGGAAAUAGCAAUUUUAGCGCAAACUAAUAGUGACAUUUCCAGCAAAUUACUGGUCUCCCAGGACAAAAAUCAGACACUGCUGGAGGAGAUGAAUAAUAUGGCUUUGAAACUAAAAGAAAUUGAGACUCUUCAGGCCCAAACUGUAACGCAAAAAUCUGAGGUAUUGAAACAUGUUGUUAAACAACCAAGUAUGGUUAUACUAACACUGAGCACUAACUCCAUGGUUUCCUAUCUGCUCUCCAUUGCACAAUCAGCACGUCAUCUCAGGGAAACAGGCUGGAAUUAUCUUCCAUCUCAAUAUGUUAUCCUGUUUAUUUCAAAUUGA